AUGUGGGCCUCACUCCUAGUUGGACCCAGAGGAGCAGCAAGUAGUGCUUUUAGAAGAACGUUCAAAGAAAUAAUCAGACAACACAAGCCUGAUAUUUCUAUCUUGUUAGAAACUAAAUGCAGUGGAAAGAAUGCAAAGAAUGUUAUUAGACAGAUUGGGUUUAACAACUAUAUUUGGAAAGAAGCCCAGGGUUUUGCAGGAGGGAUAUGGAUUUGUUGGAACAGAGCAGACCUGAAUAUUAGCAUAGUGGAAUUCCAUGCACAAUUUAUUCACACUAAAAUACAAGAAGAUGGAAAGAAAGAAUGGUUCUUUAUUGCGGUUUAUGCUAAUCCACACUAUCAAAUGAGGAGAUUGAUCUGGCCAAAGCUUAUGGAUAUAGCCAACACUAUGAGAGGCGAAUGGCUAAUAGCAGGGGACUUCAAUGAGAUCAAGGACAGCUCAGAGAAAAAAGGUGGAGCGGCUAUUGACCUUAAUGCUUGUAACCGGUUUGCUAAUUGGAUCAAUGAAAGUGGGCUAAUUGAUCUCGGUUUCAUCGGCUCCCGGUUCACCUGGAGAGGACCCCAAUGGGAGGGACAAGAGAGGGUCUUUAAGAGACUAGAUAGAGGUCUGGCUAAUAAUCAGUGGAGAACGAGAUUCCAUGAUGCUACUGUCGAGGUGCUUACGAGAAGAAGAUCGGAUCACCACCCGCUGCUGAUUAAAACAGAGAGAGUUACACAUAUAGCCAACAACAAACCCUUUUAG